UUUAUACUGUACAUCUUACAUGUAUCACUGAUAUCUAUAUGCAGUAGGUGUUUGUAACAUACAUGCUUGCUGCGUUUUAUCAAUGUGUUUGUCUUCAGAGCAAAAGCGUGAUGUCAGAGACAGUUACAGAGUGAUCACUGCCCACAACAAUUAUUAACUGGUCUUGAUUUGAACUGGGCUCUUUACUCUUUGCCCGCAGUAUUUGAUUUCCGAACAAAAUGUACGUGAGAUAUCUUGAAUUUCUUGUUCUAGCUUGUAUUCCAGGAUUUGUUCAUGCACAAAGUGCAACUCAGGAUUGUCGUGCUCCCAGACUGAAUAAUGGUUAUCUGGUCCCUGAAGAAGACACUUACAAUCAUGACUCAAAGCUCACUUAUUCCUGUGAUAAAGGACGUAAACCUGCAGUGGAGGGUUGGUGGGCGACAAGCACAUGUCACAAUGGCAAAUGGUCUCCUGAACCACAAUGUAUAGAUGAAAAAGACUGCCUUGCACCAAAUAUACCCAAUGCAAAAUAUACAGAAAACCAAAGUGGUUGGUAUGAGGAUGGACACACAAUCAGGAUAAGAUGUAAUGAAGGAUAUGUCCCCAAAGGCCGGCGUGUCACAACCAAAUGUAUCAAUGGAAAUUGGUCCUCUGUGCUGAUCUGUGAGAAAAGUAUCCAUGCAUGUAGUGAGCCCCCUCAAGUCCCCCACGCAGUAAUCAUUCUUCAGGGAUUCCAGGACUUCUUUGCUCCAGAUACAAAAUUGCAGUAUGAAUGUGAAGAUGGAUAUACUGUAGAGGGAGCAGGCAACCAUAAAUAUGUCUUCUGCUUAUCUGGAAACUGGACUGAAGGCCCCGUGUGCAGCAAAGUUACUGAACUGGGUGCUGGACUGGGUGGCUCUGCAGAGACGGGAACAGGUGGGACACAAACCCCACCUGCUGGCAGUGGGACACAACCUGAAGGUGGAGGUUCAACUGGCAGAGGGACCAGUCCUGCCGGUGGGGCAGCGUUCUGUGUCCUGGAUCCUGCUAUAUGGAACAAUUAUAAACUAUCUAAAGUUGAAUAUAUAAAGGAAGGAGAGCCGAAGCACAUUCCAUGUAAUUGGGAUGGUUACUUCAGCCUUUUUCAGUGCAUCAAUGGAGAAUUGUUGUAUUACACGUGUUGUCACGUACGAGACCGUGAACGGAAUCUUUGCCCGUAAAACACAACAGAGGAAUCACUGCUGGACCGACUACCUUCCCUGAAAUAGGCUCCACCAGAAAACAACUACACCCGAAAACAUUCACAUCAGUAUUUUACUUUUUUAAAACCUUUAACAUUCUCAUGUAUCUUUAUGAUUGUAAUUCUUAAAGCACCAAUAACCAGACAUAUACUCUGGAAACAAAUUAAGUUAGAUUGGUCUACAGUAUUCUGAAUAAAAUGUUCACUAUAUAAAUAUUAA